AUGCAUUACUAAAUUUGGAGAGCGUUGUAUGGAACUCUAAAAGGACUACUUUGAAAGCUGAAAAUAAUAAGCGGAGAUCAGUUUUGCAAAUUUCUAAAUUCAGGAAUCGACAAUGACGGCGGCUAAGGAUCAAGUGGACAAAAUGAAGUACCGUCAGAGCUACCGCAACGUAUGGCACACAGAUCUUAUGAGCACCAUGGCGGCCGAUACUCCUUAUUGCUGCUUUGCGUUAUUCUGUGGACCAUGCGCAUCAUACAAGCUUCGUAAGCGAGCUCUCUAUGGUGACAUGUCAAGGUAUACAUGCUGUGGUGGAUAUAUGCCCUGUAGUGGAAAGUGUGCAGAACGUAAAUGCCCCGAAUUUUGCCUUUGUACAGAGGUCUUCUUCUGCUUUGGAAAUUCUGUAGCUUCCACUCGCUUUAUGUUGCAAGACGAGUUUAACAUACAAACAACCAAGUGUGAUAACUGUAUCAUUGGUUUCAUGUUUUGCCUCCAACAAAUUGCGUGUAUAUUCUCCAUUAUCGCAUGCAUUGUUGGAAGCGAGGAACUUAAUGAGGCGUCCCAGUUGCUGAAUUGCUUAGCUGAUUUGGUAUUUUGCUCGGUUUGCACUUGCAUGCAGACACAACACAAGGUUGAAAUGGACAAACGAGACGGAAAACUUAUACCGCGUCCAAUGGAUGUUCCGCCUGUCCAAGAAAUGUCAAGGAUGGACCACCCAUAUCCGGCUGCGCCGCCACAUCUCCAAUAUGGACAACCACACUAUGGCCAAGGGUACCCGCCUACUGGCUAUCCUCCACAACAACAAGGCUACCCACCAAUGUAUCCCCCGCAAGGCUACCCACCUGCCGCCUAUCCUCCACCACAUCAAGGGUACCCUCCUGUUGUCUAUCCUCCACCACAUCAAGGCUACCCUCCUGCCCCAUAUGCUUCUCAACCUUCUCCAUCUCAUGGUCAAGCCCAUCCACCACCAGAUCAAAAAAAGUAAACCUUUAUGCUCUCAUUGUUAUUUUGCAAGCAAAAUGGGAAAUUUUUCUUCAUUAUUUCUGCUUUCCGAAUUUCUAGUGAGAUUAUGUUCUUUCAUAGGUUGAGCAUAUGCAUUUUGAUUUGUACAUCGUACACAAUUUUAACUUGGUAUUUGAUUUCAUAA